AUGACCGAGGCGAUUAUUAACGAACCCGAUUCUGAACGCGCCAUCAGCGGCAUAGCGCGUAUGAACUACCUUCAUAGUCGCCUCUUCGUUCUUGAGCCUAUCAGGUGGACUGCCAGAUACGAGUGGCGAACUGUGACGGACUUCGAGAGAUGUGCCAUGGGUGUCUACUGGAAGGAUAUGGGUGAGGCGAUGAAGAUAUCGUACGACACUCUACCUUCAGCAAGCCAAGGAUGGCGCGACGGACUCCAUUGGCUUGAGGAGGUAGAAGCGUGGAGUCUGGCAUAUGAGGCUCAAAAUAUGGUGCCUGCUGAUACCAACGCAACCCUUGGUCGUGGUACUUUCGAUGUCGCCUUGUUCAACGUACCUUCCGCUCUCAAGCCUUUCAGCUUUACCGUGGCACACAUGUUACUCGAGCCACGCUUGCGGAAAGCUAUGAAGUGA